GCAAGGAAGAUAUAGGAUCUCUAAAUAUUUGGAGAAUAAAUAUUUGAAGAAUCAGUUAAUUUUAAUCUGUGUUUCAAUAAGCGAGAUUUCAUAUUAGAAAAGUGACUGUUCUAUUAUUCGUAAAUUCUAUUAUCCAAAUAGUUUUGUCUGCCUAUUAAUUCGGAUGAGAUAAGGGUAGCUCCACCGUAUAUGUACAUCUCAUUCCUGCAAUGGCUGUCGGGAAGAAUAUCCAUUUAUUACUUGUCAUCCUUUCUUCGAUGUCCGUUAUUUCACGUUCUUACGUGCCUCAAGCCACAGGCAGAAGACUGUUCGGCGGAUAUAGAAUAGUACCAAAAGCGUGCCAGCCAACGAUACCAUCCCGAGUAAAGUCGAAUGAACCCGCGAUAUGCAUGUUCAAUUACGAAUGCUCGCGUCGAAAUGGGCAAGUGGUCGGCGCGUGUGUGGACGGGUUCCUUUUUGGUGCAUGUUGUCAACUGCCACCGAAAAAUUCGCUUGGCAGCAACGUCGGAAACGUUCCGAGCCCCGAUGAAAUAUUCAACGUACACGAGAUCGAUCACGUCCCGGAUAUUCCGAUCUUGUUAAAUUCAGACGGUACGCCGCUUGGAAUGACUAUGUCCCAGGAUAAUACCAUCAAAACUGAUCCACCUAACGCGUCCAAUCAAGCGAACAACGGAGGAACAACGUACACUAAAAUUUCAACGUUCGAAGCGCCUUCGACGACCACGAAACCAUCGUCUGAAAUUUCGCAGAUGCACGACAGCGUUGAAAAUGCGGAAAAACCGCAAGUACCUGCUCAACCAGACAUAAGUCACUUAGAGGAAGAUUUUCCAGCUCUGUUGGGUCAACAGAACGUUUUAGACGAUCUGAGUCUGCCAGGAUUGUUGAGUCACUCCGGCUCGAACAACAACGCUCAGAAUCACCAGGACAACUCCGCCAUUAAUCCGGUUACCACUUUGCUGAGUCCGGAUCAAAUACUUCAGAUAGCGGAUCCGGUUGACCAACUUCCAGCUUUGUUUUCGCAAGGACUGGGUCAGAAUAAUCACACUUCGCCCGAUACGAUACUGUUAAAUGAAAACGGAACCAUGCUGAACGAGACAAAUAAUCCCGAUGAUCUGUUCAAGCCUAAUGUCGAAUCCAGUGCCGAGAAGAAGAAAGUGACUGAAACUUUGAACAGCACUCAGAAGCCGAAAGUGACCGAAAGUGUGUCGACUACGGAAAUUAAGAGGCCUCUGCACGACACCACUUACCAAAGUACUUCGACGACACAGUGGAUGAAAUUUUCGGAUCAACCAACAUCUUCGAUGCAUAACGCGAUGUCUUCUACCUCGGCGGAUCAAAAACUCAGCACGCCGUCGAUGACGAGAUUACCGGUGGUUACCCAAAUGUACGCCAGCACACAGAGACUCACGACGACUUCUCUCCCUCAAGCAACUGCGAUCGAUAACUUUGGCGAAAUCAGCACGAUAGAAGAAAGAGUGUCGACGAAGAACGUGGAGGCUACCGAGUUUACGAACAGGAGAACGACCACGCCGAUGACUACUUUAGGCGACAAAAAGGACGAACUAGUAAAAGUGCCGACAAUUACGUAUGAUUCACCGUCUGGCAACAAAAAGGACGACAUAGUAGAUAAGGAAGAGCUAGCGAUUAAUCAUAUAAUUUCUAUUCUGAACGAAACGAAACCAGGUUCGGGAACCACGAUUCAAACCCCCAACUCAUCCAUUAAUAAAUGGGUCAGUAUCGACGAAACUUCGAAACCAUCGUUGGUUCGAAUCUCCACGAAAGCUCCUACCGUUCCAACUACCGCUCAAACUUUCCCGUACACCUUUUAUAAACCAAUACAGACAUCGAAUUAUUACAGCUACGAGACAGUUCCUACAGACACGACCUUCGCUUUGUAUUCGACUUCCAAUUCGCAUUCGUCGAGACCAUCGAGUCAAUCGACUCUUGCUAAUAUCGGUACUUCGGAUUAUUCUACGAAAGCGACUACGACGAAUCCUCCUGCGCCGACUGUGAUUGUCCUAGGGCCCCUUGGUACAGAAUUCACUACCGAUACUACUCAGAAGGCGGUUACAAGGAGACCGGUGAGCGAAACUAUUGGUCCUAGUACGACAGUUUUUAAGCCUACAAUCGGAUCGACGAGACCAAGUCCGCUUACCACGAGGAAACCAAGCGUCUCGACAACCAUAACUCACAAUAUCAGUACAGUGAUUUCCAAUGUUGCUACCAAUAACGUGGUCUCGACCAGUUUCUUCAGCGUCAACGUGAAAGACGGGACUACGUCUAAACCAAUGGUGAACAGUAGCUAUAGCACAGAAUCUGUCGUCACUGAGACUGAAUUAGAGUCAAAUUCCGAGAAGUUACCAACAAAGAGACCUACAAUUUGGACUACCCUUUCUUCAUGGUCGAGCAAGCCGAGUUUCCAUUUGAGACCAUCUAGUCCUUCGUUGGUUUUCCCAGAUGACGAUUUAACACCUGUCAACACUAUAGUCUUCAAAGAUCCUACCACUUCGACGAUGAUGGACUUCAAAGCAACGACUGCUCUACCACACUGCGAUGAAGAAACAGCUGCUCCGGAUGACCUGAUCAAUUUUCCACCUGUCAGAAAUCCGAAUCUUAAUAUAUCAGCACCAAUUUCGCAACAAGAAAAGCCAACCAUCGUUGAAACUUUUAAUAACACCGGUUAUCCAGAUAUCGAGAUGAUAAGUGAGAAUGAUAUUCCAACACCCACCUUCAUCGAAGAUGAUAUUCUUACGAACAAAGUCGACACAUUCGUGAACAAGAUUGUACAGUCUCUACAAGGCAACUUUCAGGAUCUCAAAGAUAUUGUAUACAACCGCGUUAACGGGACAUCGGUUGCAACAUCCAACCAACCAUCCACUGUAACAAAGAGGCCAAUUACCACGACGCGAAAACCCGUGCGAAAACCCUCAACAACGACGAAACCUUCGUACGUCACGACGAAGAAACCAACGACCACGAAGAGGCCGAUCAAUCGUCCGACAACUGUAAAACCAUCGGUAUCGGAGAAACCAGUUCGUCCUUCGAAACCGGCAACGACGAGACCGAAACCAACUAGUGGGUCUGCUGCAACCACGAAGAAACCCCAGGUUACAACGAAACGUACUAGACCAACUAGAAAACCUACUACAACGUUGGCUACAAGCACGGAGCUGAUAGUGGCGGAAGAGGAGGAAACUAGUACUUCUAGUGCAGACGAAACCAUCGCGAGUCCGCAGAUUACGUCCUCGAAUGAUUUUCGUUCUCAAUGUGGCAUAAGACCUUUGGUUAAAUCUGGAAGAAUCGUCGGUGGUAAAGCAGCGACUUUUGGCGAAUGGCCAUGGCAAGUUUUAGUCCGAGAAGCCACUUGGUUGGGUCUCUUCACGAAGAAUAAGUGCGGUGGUGUACUGAUCACGGACAAAUACGUCAUCACUGCAGCUCAUUGUCAACCAGGAUUCCUAGCGACAUUGGUAGCCGUUUUUGGAGAAUUCGAUCUAUCCGGCGAAUUGGAAGCAAAACGGAGCGUAACAAGGAACGUUCGACGAGUAAUCGUCAAUAGAGGCUAUAAUCCAACGACGUUCGAGAGUGACUUAGCCCUCCUGGAACUGGAAACACCGAUACAAUUUGAUGUUCACAUUGUGCCAAUUUGUAUGCCCGAAGAUGGUAUAGAUUUCACGAGUAGAAUGGCCACUGUCACUGGCUGGGGGCGAUUGAAGUACAAUGGCGGCGUACCAUCUGUUCUACAAGAGGUCCAAGUGCCCAUAAUCAAGAAUUCUGUCUGUCAAGAAAUGUUCCAGACAGGUGGACACUCCAAGUUGAUUCUCGACAGCUUCCUCUGCGCUGGAUAUGCUAACGGACAAAAAGACUCUUGCGAGGGUGACAGUGGUGGUCCAUUGGUGAUGCAACGAUCAGACGGAAGAUGGUUUUUGGUAGGCACGGUGUCCCAUGGAAUAACAUGUGCUGCACCAUAUCUUCCAGGCGUCUACAUGAGAACAACUUACUUUAAACCCUGGCUACACAGUAUCACCGGCGUCUGAAAGCCAGCAAAUAGUUUAUUUUUUGGACAAGUUGACAGGCACUGAUGAUUUCGUGCCACUUGUAUAAAUGUACAAAGGAAGAUUAAUUUAUUUCCUUCGGAAUAGAUUGAAGAAUAUCGAUUAAGGGACUAAAAGGAUGAAACGGACACGGACGCGUUUCGUAUACUAUUUCCAACUUUAAAUAAUUUCUAUCGCUCAAAUCCCAAUUUCCCCAAUUUCCUUAACAAGUACUUAGUAGAAUCGAUAAGUUAUUUCGUUGAUAUUCGAUUAUUUAAAUUUUGAAAUAGUAUCAGAAUCGAUGUUUAGUGGCAACUAUUUCGUGAAAUUUUGAUCAGUAUCCGAAAAAUCACCGCGUAUUUAUGUACAUCAAACGUUAAAAGUGUUGUGUGUUCCAUGUAUAUAUACGUGAGUACGUAUUACACGUACUAUAUGUAUACUGUUACGAACUGCGAGCCUUAUUUAUUUCGUUGUUAGCUGUUAUUUAUUAAACUCAUUUUUAUACGA